CAUCCAAAUCGUACUCCAAAAUCCCUUCUUUCACCUCCAUCUCCUUGCGUUCUUCGACUCUCGCGACAUGUCCGGCCGCGGAAAGGGAGGCAAGGGGCUCGGCAAGGGCGGCGCGAAGCGCCACCGUAAGGUUCUCCGCGACAACAUCCAGGGCAUCACGAAACCUGCAAUACGCCGCCUCGCCCGCCGCGGCGGCGUUAAGCGCAUCAGCGGCCUCAUCUACGAGGAGACUCGAGGCGUGCUCAAGAUCUUCCUUGAAAACGUUAUCCGCGACGCCGUCACGUAUACGGAGCACGCCCGCAGGAAGACAGUCACUGCCAUGGAUGUCGUCUACGCCCUGAAGCGCCAGGGCCGCACGCUAUACGGCUUUGGCGGCUGAGAUGGCACAAAUUCUCUAAUUCCAAUGUGGCGUUUUCUGCUUAGUGCUCUUGGCCGGUGGAGUCUGAAACCUCCAUUUUUAACGGUGUGGCUUCUUAGCUUUGUGGUAGUUGUAAUUUAGUGUUUUUAUGCGUUUUUAUUAUCAAGAAUUACUUGUUGAACAAA